GCUGAAAGUAAACAUCGAUAAUUAAACUAGGCAUCGAAAGAUUCGGGUGUCAUGCCUGGCGCACAAGUUGUAGUGGACGCAGAUGAGAGUGCUUGCAAGAAUGCUUAGUGGAUGUGGUUCAGCAACGCUGGGCCCGGCUCCUGCGGAUGGACUUCAUAACAAAUUGAAGGACAUGCAGUGCUGCGGCGAAAAAGACGCGGUGGCUUUUGAUGGGUGGGUGUGGUCUUGAAGUGAAGUGGGCGCGGCCACCGCCAACACCACCAUGCUAUCUUCCCUCGCAACAAGCCGUCUGCAACCACACCGCGACAACCCCCGAAGUAGAGCAAGAGGAGGAGGUAGCUAUGGCUGCUGUGUUAAUUGAGAAAAACUUGUGUCGUUAUGACCGUGGGGUCUCGGUUAGAACAAAGGGGCUGGGCAGGAGGCGGGCACCGGACACAAAACCUCGCCUCUCUCCCGUCGAAAACCCACAAGCCUUUCUUCCUUGCCAUCCAUCUUUGCCUGCUGUUUUUGCAGCCGAUUAUCUGCACGUUGCAAGACACCGUCUGCUAUCAUUGCGCGGGCCUUCAUCCUCUAUACCUUCAACUCAGCCAGCGACUCCUCUGCUACUUUCACUUUCACUUUCACCUCACAAUGGCUGCCGACACCAACACACUUGAGCCAAAGCCGACCACGGCUACGGCUACAACCAUCGUCCCUGAGUCAAAGCUCCAGCCGGAUGCUCCCUUGACCAGUGCUACGGCUCCGGCCUCAAGUACGACUCUUAACAUGAACUCGACGUCGGCAUCGACCCUGUCUUCGACCUCGGAUUCAAGCACACCGCUCCGCAACCUCCCCGAGUAUCGCAAGCGCCAGAACAGCACCAUCGACGAGCCCGCUGUCACUGAUGUCGGCCCAUCGAAGAAAAUCAAGACCGAUGGCCGUGCUGCCACGAGAGCCCAAGAGCCUGUCCAUUCUGCUUCACAGCUCAAGAAUGGCUCCGAGUCUACUCCUGAUGGAGAGGCCGUUGAGAUUGAGAGCGAUGACGGCCCUGGAGGUCAAGAAGACCGGGCUGCCGUUACGGCGAACACAUGCGGCAUCACCGUCGAGGACAUCACCGUCGAGAGCACCACUGCCGAGAGCACCACUAUCGAGGACACUACUGUCGAGAGCACAACCACGACUACUGCUACCGUCAACGACGCUUCCAUCACUCCUGUCACCACCACUACCAACAACCACAACGGCAGCAUCGACACAUCCACCACAGCCCCAACCAGCAACAACAACGAGAACGACGACGACGACGACGACGACGAUGACAAGAACAUAGUCUACUUCACCCCGCCCCACAUCGACACGUACUACAUCAACAUACCGAUCGCCAGCCCGCCGCGGCCCUUCCAUCGCCGGCGGCGCAACCGCCAACGCUACGCCACCUUCUACAUCGACAUACCGCCGCCGGCCGUGCCGCCCACGCCCAUCCGGGUCGACCUGCGCACGCUGUCGCCCUACGAGCCCGACGAGGGGGCGUGCCUUGUGCCGGAGUUUUUUGGUGAGGCUGGGUGGUGCUGGUGAAGAUGUGCGGGGGUGGUGGUUGUGGUGGUUACGACUGAUGAGCAAUGACUGAUGACUUUUUUCUUUUUUUGCUUUGCUUUGCUUUUGCUUCUGGCUCCGCCUGUGCGGACUCUUUUCUUUUCACUUGCUUUG